AUGUAUUCAGAGGAGACACAGUCACUCUCAGAUGUGACAUAUAUGAUGAAGGAGUCACUAGAUGGCGCUACAGCUGGUAUAAAGAAGGUGUUUCUCCUCCAGUCUCUGAUCAUCAGUCCCAGCAGAACUCAACACUUCACAUCUGUCUCUCUCUAUCUGAGCUGUGAGGACCAGAGUGACUCUACUGGAUGGAGAGUGAGAAGAAACACAGACAGAUGGGGGCUGGAAGAUUGUUCAUCAUCAGUGUGGGGAUCACAAACAGGAUCUACAUGUACAAUCAGAUCCACCAUGAUAUGGGACACUGGAGUGUACUGGUGUGAGUCUGAAUCUGGAGAGAAAAAUCAUCCUGUUAAUAUCACUGUACACUUUGAUGUGAUUCUGGAGAGUCCUGUUCAUCCUGUGACUGAAGGAGAUACUCUGACUCUACACUGUUUAUAUCAACAUACAACCCCACCAAACCUCAGAGCUGAUUUCUAUAAAGAUGAAUCACUCAUCCAGAGUCAAACUACAGAGAUGAUCAUCUCUACUGUCUCAAAGUCACAUGAGGGUUUCUACUACUGCAAACACCCAGAGAGAGGAGAGUCACCCAAGAGCUGGAUCUCAGUUACAGUGUUUCAUUCAGAGUCUCAGAUCUCUGUUCUCCACAUACUCAGUUCUGUACUGGCAGUUUCUCCAUAUUUGUUAGUGACAGUCGUGCUGAUUUUCAGAUGCUGCAGGAUGAGAGAGAGACUGGAAAACUGGGUCGGGAUGUCUGGGAUGGCUCUCAAUUGGUUCAGGUCAUACUUAGAAGAGGUUAUUAUGAUUGUGCAGUGGGUUAAGGGUGAAGAGGAUGUUUUGGGGAAGGACAAUGAUCUUCCUUCAGAGGAGCGGUAG